ACAUUUUGCCACUUUUUUCAAUCUCACAAAAUCAUCCAACACUUUGAACCUCUCCUCAACGAUAAGGAGGAGUCCACAGCCCCCCACACAAACCACCCACUAAAUCCCGUUGUUCUUCUCCUCCACAUCUCUCCCAGUAUACACAGUUGGAAAAACAACCACAUUAACCUUUCAUCUCACUCAGUCAACCUCCGUUUACUAUCCCACACCUCCACCAACAGCAAUGGCCUCCACCACCGCACCCACCACCUUCUCCCUCCUCCACUCCGCCACCACCUCCACCUCCCGCACCCGCGCUUCCCUCUCCCACGUCUCCCUCCCCUCCUCCCUCAAACCCACCGCCCUCCGCCGCCUCGGCUUCUCCGCUGCCGACCCCCUCCUCGCACUUCAAGUAGCUUCCAAAGUCCGAUCCUUUGGCUCCGGCAAAGGGGUCAGAGGCGUCGUUGCGAUGGCGAAGAAGAGCGUCGGGGACCUUACCGCGGCGGAGCUGAAGGGGAAGAAGGUGUUCGUCAGGGCUGACUUGAAUGUGCCUUUGGAUGACAGCCAGAACAUCACUGAUGAUACUAGAAUCCGCGCUGCUAUCCCCACCAUUAAGCAUUUGAUUGAGAAGGGGGCGAAGGUCAUCCUUUCCAGUCAUUUGGGACGACCAAAAGGUGUGACCCCAAAAUUUAGCUUGGCACCUCUUGUACCUCGGCUAUCGGAGCUUCUUGGCAUUCAGGUUGUCAAAGCUGAGGACUCUAUUGGUCCAGAAGUAGAAAAGCUGGUGGCUUCACUUCCUGAAGGUGGUGUUCUUCUUCUUGAAAAUGUGAGAUUUUACAAGGAAGAAGAGAAGAAUGAUCCUGAGCAUGCAAAGAAGCUUGCCGCCUUAGCAGAUCUUUAUGUCAACGAUGCCUUUGGGACAGCACAUAGAGCUCAUGCCUCAACUGAGGGAGUCACAAAGUUCUUGAGGCCAUCUGUUGCUGGUUUCCUUUUGCAGAAGGAACUUGACUAUCUCGUUGGGGCUGUAUCAAGCCCAAAAAGACCAUUUGCUGCCAUUGUUGGUGGCUCAAAGGUUUCAUCCAAGAUUGGAGUGAUUGAGUCGCUUUUGGAGAAGGUUGAUAUCUUACUUCUUGGUGGAGGUAUGAUUUUCACAUUUUACAAAGCACAAGGUCUCUCAGUCGGUUCAUCUCUGGUGGAAGAAGAUAAACUAGAACUUGCUACAUCACUCAUGGCAAAGGCCAAUGCAAAAGGAGUGUCUCUUUUGCUGCCCACUGAUGUCGUAAUCGCAGACAAGUUUGCCCCUGAUGCAAACAGCAAGAUUGUUCCAGCUUCAAGCAUUCCUGACGGGUGGAUGGGAUUGGAUAUUGGUCCAGACUCUAUUAAGACAUUCAAUGAUGCACUGGAUACCACUAAAACCAUAAUCUGGAAUGGACCGAUGGGAGUGUUUGAGUUUGACAAGUUCGCAGAAGGAACAGAGUCUGUUGCAAAGAAGCUUGCGGAACUUAGUGGGAAGGGAGUGACAACAAUCAUCGGAGGUGGAGAUUCUGUUGCAGCCGUGGAGAAAGUAGGAGUCGCUAGUGUGAUGAGCCACAUAUCAACUGGUGGUGGUGCGAGUUUGGAGUUGUUGGAAGGCAAAGAACUUCCUGGUGUACUUGCUCUUGACGAAGCCACACCAGUUCCUGUGUAAGAACAAUCUUUUUUCCUGUUUGUUUUUUUCCCUGCCCACCGUGUUGGUGUUUCAUUCGAGUCUGUAAACGAGAAAUGGCAUGUAGGAAGAUGUGAGUUCGAGUUGUGAAUGUCUGAUGUUACCUUCAGUAUAAGGUCCCAUUAUGUCUAUAUAAAGUUUCCAUAAGAGAUGGCGGGGAGGGACAAACGCAGCCGUCCGAGCAAUCUAAUAAUUUUGUUCUUUGCGA